AUAACUGUAAUAAAUAAUCUGAGCUUUAGCACUUAGGAGGUGCUCUUCUCCCCAUUGUCUGCAGAGAUGCGUCAGAAAUGGAGUUGGAAGGAAAGAUUUCAGAGUUGUGGCAAGGUGCUGGAAAGCCCAUGGGAGCAAGUAGGAGUCUCCUGCCCUCCCCUGCCUCUCCCGUGUGUUUUAUUGCACUUUCCCUGCACCACCCCUCCCCGUUCAGUCUCAUUUGCCUCUUGCGAGUAAGUGCAAGAACAACGCCCGGGGAAUAAAGCCUCUGCCGGCAGAAAUCACGCAUCUCCCAGCCAGCUCAUUGGGUGUUUAGUCCUUCGCCUUCCCACCAGCGCUCUGCCACCCUCCUCUGCCCAUUCAUACCUGCUCCGCGCAGACGAAACCAGCGGCUCUUGUGUGCAAAGUCUGAGUGCUGGUGUUCAGAUGCAGCUCCGGCUGCUAAGCCCUGGCGAUUAGCGGAGUGCCAGGCUGGGGCUUUCACUGAGGGGCUGUGUCGCUUUAAGGCAUGUGAUACUUUCCCGAGCAGGCAUGUAUUGAAAUAGGCUCCGGUACUUACAGCGUCGUAUAGCCGUGUGCGUACCGCUGCCUUACUCUGCACUGCCCGCGCUGGAGUGAGGCUGCUCUGUCCUUAAACAUAAACUGCUCCUCGUCCUUAAGUAUCCUGGAAGCUGCAAAUUAUCUCAAGAUCACUUCAGAGGUCUCAUCGAGCAGAAGGUGAUGCUAGGAGAUGAUUUAAAGGUGAAAAUGAGAAGGUUUCCACCCCUCAAACCUUGGCCACUUUUCUGACGGCAGAGUCUGAGAGCUCAGAUGUCUCCUUUACUCUGGAAACAGGAUUUGUAACGGAAAAAAAUAUCUUUUUUCUUUUUUUUCUUUUUUUUUUUAAUCCUGAUAAAGAAGAUUAUUGGGAAGCGAUUAAAACCCCUUAUUGUGAUACAGAUGGAUUUAAACAAGUGUUAGAUCAUUCCGAUGAACACUAAUAGAGUGCUCUGCUCUUGGUUGGAUUACUCAGAGAAUGGCAGUGGUCUCUGCAAUGUCCUGGGUCCUGUAUUUGUGGAUAAGUGCCUGUGCAAUGCUGCUCUGUCAGGGGUCCCUCCAUCACACUUUCCAGCAGCAUCACCUGCACAGACCAGAAGGAGGAACGUGUGAAGUUAUAGCAGCACACAGAUGCUGUAAUAAGAAUCGAAUUGAGGAAAGAUCACAAACAGUAAAAUGCUCCUGUCUACCUGGGAAAGUGGCUGGGACUACAAGAAACAGACCUUCCUGUGUUGAUGCUUCCAUAGUGAUUGGGAAGUGGUGGUGUGAGAUGGAGCCCUGCCUAGAAGGAGAGGAAUGUAAGACAUUGCCUGAUAAUUCUGGAUGGAUGUGUGCAACUGGCAAUAAAAUCAAGACCACCAGAAUCCACCCAAGGACCUAACAGAGCGCUGUCUGCAAGGAGACAGUGAAAGCCCUGCUGAUUUAUGAGGACAAAGUAUUGAAAGUUUAAAACCAUCUCAGCAUUUACAAGCCAAAUGGAUUUUUUAUUUGCACUUUGACUGUUUACCAGACAACGACAGUGGCUUUACUGUGUAAAAGCAAGUAUUCGGUGGAAAUAAUGCCCCUGAUUUUUGACAGCUGAAAAUAAAAAUGAAGAAAAUGGUUCCUUUGGUAAAGUUUCCAAAACUGCGAAGUACAAACAACAGUCUAAGUUUGGAUCUACAAUUUACUUUAUACCAGUUAAAGUAUAUAUAUAGAAAUAUAUAUAUAUUAAUAUAUGAUAUUUUGAAAUAAAAGCCUCACUCUUCAAGAAAUUGAAUAGUACCACACUUUGCUGCAGCUGCUGUAAAUUUUUUUCUUCUUUUUGUAAUGGUCUGGAAGAUCCCUACGUGUUUCAGAGAGAAAUGUGGCAGUGAAGAGGCAAAGCAAACCUGCUGUGGUACAAGGAUGCCUAAGAGCUACACGAAUCCUACCGACGUGGCAUCCAGAGCUUCCUGUUCCCUUUGGCAGAAUGUUGAGGGCAUUUGUUGUUCCACUUUGUGUUCUGGAGGCUUUUCCCCUUGUGCAAUACUAGCAUGCUGGCUUUGCUUCAUUAACCAUACUUGAUUGAUAUAUAACAAUGAUAAUUCUAUCCUCUUUCAAGAAAAUAUUUUUAGAGCUGUUAGAUAUUCCAUGGAGAAGAGAUGGACAGCUACUGAGUGAAGUACAGUAUGUAUUAAAGGUUUACUUGGCAGAGUUUGGUAGACUGUGAGCUCCCUUCUUAUUAAAGGUGUACUGUACGUACAAUGUCUUCAGACUUUGUAUAGCUCAUAGAGACUACAGUAAAAAACCAGUAACCAACUCUAAAGCUUUGUGUUGUUGGCUCACUAAUUCUUUGAAACAACAACAAAGCUAUUUCUUUCCAGACCAACAUGGGAGAGGGCUUUUACAUAUGGUUUGUUUUUUUUAUGAGCCCAUUUGCAAUUGGUGAACAAACAUUUCAGGUUGAGCAAAUGUCUCUGUGGACACCUCGGAUGCUCAGGCACAUGCACACACAUGCCUGUCUGUGUGCUUUUAUCCCACAGCACAGGUGGGAGAAAAACCUAAAUUUAAGCUUCCCCUCUUGCAGGUCAGGCUAAUUCUCAUUGACAGCAUCUGCCACCAGCUAAAACAUGCAUAUGGGCAAUUCCAUGGCACAGCAAACGCACAACAGUUUGCAGUAAGCAAACUGUGUCUAAGACAUGUCUUAACUUCAGGAAUAGUUUCUUUCAGAUUAAUUUUAAGCUGUUUCUUGCUAAGGUGAAUCAGCUGAGUUGAGAUGCUCUUCAGCAAGUAUGCGUCCACAGAGACAUUGAUCUACUCACUGCAAGCAGUUUGAAUUCACAUUUCUAGCUAAGGUGUUGCUGUUCACCAUGCAGCCUGGCUCUUGCAUCACUGAAGAAAGAUCACAUCUGAGGGCUGACAUGUGCAAGCCAAGUUCACAUUCCCAGUCACUUUUGUGAGCAGUCCAAUUAAUUUCAGGGGGUUUAUUCAUGUGGAAAAGUAUCCUGCUGUCACGCAUAACUCUGCACAACCUACCUUUCAGUAUGCCUAAUGCUACUGAAUCAAAAAGGACUAAGGAACUGUAAAACUUAUUCUGUCCAGUACAGUUUAAUUUCUUUAAUGUUUCCAAUUCCCUUUCAGCCUGCUUACCUUGCCUCUCACAGGACCCCUUUGGCCAUGCUGAUCACUUCUAAUCCAGAGCAGAGGAAGUGCUGCAUUUCCCAAGCUAGAGUUGGUCAAAAUUCUCACGCUAACUUUCUUUCUCCUUCAGGGCAACCACUUCAGCCCCUUAUGCUUCAAGAGGCAGAAAUUUGUCACUGUAAUUACACUGUAUAUUAAAGCAGCUACAUGAUGUGUCACGCCAUACUCCAUGCCAGCUUUCCGCGCUGGUCCUUGGCUGAUGCUCACAGUGGGAAAGGUUAUGCUAUUUCCAAGUACCUCUAUUAUUUCCCCUUCAAAAAGACAUGAGAGUGAAAAGUGGUAAGGGACUAAACUUGGUUUUCUUCUGUGCACAGAAAGACUAAAUAGGAGCAUGUUAUAUGUCCUAGCACAUAGAGACCAGCCUCACCUGUGGCCCAGCAAGAAGAACAUGUAUUUUCUGGCCACAGUCACUUGACUAAACCUCAGAAGAUGCCUGGACCCUAGUCUAUGUUUUAAAUAUGGUCUGCCAUAGCCAUGUGUCCUUGGUUCCAUCAUCUCAAUGAGGAGAGGACCACUGCCUGCCUGGUUAUCUUCACAUAGGUGUGAUCCCAAAAUGAGAUCUCAGACCAGCUCCAGGCUCAUCUACCACAACUAAGAGAAACUCCUCCAGAAUAAAUCCUUAGCAAUUCUUCAUUUUACUACAACAGCACUUUAAAAAAAACCCUCUAGACCUAGGAAGCCCUUGGUGCACUGGGAGAUAGACUCUGCCACCAGGCAGUAAGUUGAUUAAAAGCCAGGAUAUGUAUGUUAUCAUCCAUUUAACAGCAGGAACUUAGGCACACAAUGUAAAUGGCCACUCAAAAUCAUAUUGGAAGAUAUGGAAAAUCGAGCAGAAAUUUAACUUUGGUUUCCUUAGUCCAAGCCUACUGAUAACCCCACACAGCAAACUAACCCAUGGCCUUUUGUGCCUUUUGCAAAGCCUGAGUUAUCACCACUGAGAGGUACUUACCCCAUAGCAUUGUAUCUGACAUGGUAUAUCUGUGAGUAGAUAACAAUGCUUAUGGCUGUGCUUAUGAAAUAAGCCUGUUGAGACUGGGAAAUAUUAGACUUGCUAAAACAUAAGAAGGAAAUGUUGUCAUUACCACAGCAAAGUUUCUUAGAGAUGUUUAUGAAUUUUUUGUUGCCAGUAGGCAGCCUCAAAUAUCACCACACCAAAUUCAGUAAACAUCUGUGUCUCUUUGAAGUUGCUGCAAAAUCUGCUCAUGAAGUGUGGCACUGAGAAAUUACUGGUUUAAUUAAAAUAUUUUAGAGGGGAAUUAAGGCCUUUGCAAAAAUAAUGACUAAUAAAACGUGAAGUCAAAUGGA